UCGGUAUGCUACAUAUGUUUAAGAUAUCAAAAUGUCGUAGUUACAUUGGGAGGUUUGCUAAAAGCAUUUCUAAAGCACAAUUUUGGAAAAUUCGUUGCAUUCUGCAGCCUCCCAACGCGAACUUGAGCCAAUACGCUCGAUCAACAUUCCAUGUGUUCAUAUGGUAGCACUAAUUGGCAAUGCUGCCACUAACUGUACCCAUAUCAUUGGCCGUACUCACGGGUUUCUUGGGGUUUGUUGCCGGCGCCGUUUUGCAGCAGGAUAGCUCGUAUCGUAAUCUACAAUCAACAAUGGAAAAUGAUCCAUAUAUCUUUCAACGUCGUCAGCAGAUUUUUCAGGCACUAAGACUUGUGGUUCAACGUCGCCAAUCGUUCAACGAGUCCGGCGAAGUCACCGAGCUAACAUCAGUUGACAGACCUAUCGGAGACUCUGUGGCGCAGGUUACACCGAGAGAGUCCGAGGUAUCAGAUUCGGUAUUUGCCAACUAUGUUAAAUGGUUUCAAAUCAACAUGAACGCCGUGACCAUGUUCUUCACCUUCUCGCUGGGCAGCGAAACGGUGUCCGAGCCUGAACCCCUCCAUGUGGCCAGCCUAAUGAAAUAUGGCUUUCCCGGUCUGGAUGAUAUACAUGUUUAUCGUAACUUUGUGCUCUCUUAUGAUAGACGAAAUCGAAUCGCGCACUGGGUAUGCGAGCAUAUAGAGCGCGAAGACGUGAGCCAAUACGCAUUAGAUUGUACUAAGAUUGUACAAGCGGAAUAUCUAGUUGAUUCGCAAAUUCCGCUUAUAUUCCGUGCCAGCCAGCGAGAUUAUAAGAAUACCGAUUGGGUAGGCGGACAUAUGGCAUCGCCGCAAAACUAUUGCUCCGAUCAAUUGAAAUAUCUUGAGACGUUCAUAAUGCCAAAUAUAGCGCCAGUCUGUAAAGGACUCCAAUCGAACAUAUGGACACGUCUCGAGGCGUACGUACGCGAAUUAGCUAUCAAAUGCGGCUCGGUAUAUGUCUAUACGGGUCCGCUCUUUAUGCCCCAGCGCAUCACAUUCCGUAAUUGGGCAAUCAGACAUCAGGUAAUUGGCAUGAAUACGGUGGCUGUGCCAACGCACUUCUUCAAGGUGAUAAUAGCCGAAUGCAAGGAUAACGAAUAUCUACCCUAUAUGGAGGGCUAUGUUGUGCCGAAUACCGAGGUCGAAGACAAUCUAGAUUUAAGCGCAUUCAUGUCCAAUAUCCGUGACAUCGAGCACUUUGCCGGACUGAAGUUCUACGACGGCGAAAGGCGGCCGCAACUGCAUCACAAUGAUGCAACUGCACGACAAGCGGAAUGAGACAGCCAAAUCUGUUAUGUACUGCAAAGUCGCUCUUAUUGAGCAUCAAUAUGCUUGGGAGGCUGCUGCGCAUAAUUCCAAUUCAACACAGAACCGUUACAAUAAUUGAAUGUUUUAAAUCUAUGGUACGAACAGUUCAAAUAGUACUCUCUCACUGUUCCGAGCAUUGCAGGACUCUGUUUACCAAUAAAUUAAGUGUAUUUAUCAAAAGCCAUAUCAAGACUGAAUUCGCGCAAGACGCAUUUUUUUCACUCCCAUAAGAACUACAACUUCAAGUUUGAGGAUGGCCAGACACUGCAUACGAAUCCAUAAAAUGCUUUUUACAA